AUGGAUAUGUCUUCCUCCACCACUCUCUUUCCAAUCCCUUCUUCAUCUUCUUCGGGUCAAAACCAGACUCCAAUAAAACCGUUUCUCAACUUGGAUUCUCUCUCCGUGAAAACCCCCUCUUACACUUCCCUAAAAGACGUGCUUCCCUACUCCGCCGCCGCCGUCAACUCCCCCGCAGCAAACCACCACCAAGUGUCCAUCCGCAACCGCCUCGUGAAGCAGGCAGCGUGGGCCUACCUGCAGCCCAUGUCCACUUCCCCGAGCGGCCCAUCAGGCCCACACUUGUUCCGGCGCAACCCUGUCGCCGCAUGUCUCUCCUUCAUAUACCAGCACAUACUACCGUCCCUCACCCGAACCCUUCAUCGAAUUCUCCGCGUUAUCCCUUGCUUCCUCCCUUUCUUGGGCUUGCUUAGGGUACUGCUUUGCUUCAUGAAGGAUGGUUGGGCUUGGGCUUGGGCCUGCGUGGGAGGCGCUUCUGGGGCACGUUCACCCUGCGCCUCCUUUUUCUGCAAUGUGUGA